AUGCGUUUAACGGCUUCCAAAACGCGUGGCGAAUGGCCACAUAGGAUGCCAGCACGACGAGUUGUAUCCACGUCAAAACAUGGAACAGGACUCCUUCCCCUUUCCUCAUCCACUGCUCGACAAACCCCAACGCCAACAAAAUCAACAUACGAGAGAAAUUCCUCAAAUCCCGAUUCAAAACGAGUCAAAUUUCUUAAUUCAACCCGAGACUCAUUGCUCUCAAGGAGAUUAAUCUUCGAUUCGGACCCUGAGAACUCCUGGGAUGAGCUCGAAAUCGGUUCGCCGGUGGUGAAAAGGUUCAUCGGCGAAGAGGAAGAGAGGUGGUGCAUGUGGCAGUGGCCGGUCGGCCCAGAACCGAAAUUCCGACUCGAUCGGGCUCGUCGUCUCCAGCAACGGGGUCCACUAGGAGGGGCGCCCAGCACGUCCAGUCCAGUUCCGACGUGGGCCUUGCCAUGGGCUGCAGCCAGGACUGGUGGGGCUUCGAUACCCACGACGUCAGGCCCGAGCCGAUGGGUCGUCCCCAAUAUCGAGCGCCUUUCGACUGACAACGUGAUAGAUUUGAGUCAACACCUCUGUGAAAGCCUUGUCGACGUUGAUGGCCUCGAGUGCCGAGGUCUCCAUGAAAAAUAUGUUCUCUCUAACCGCGAAAGCCUUGGCCUUCUCCAUGGGCACGGCUCUCAGGUGGCGAAGGUCGGCUUUAUUACCGACCAGCAUUAUCACGAUGUUGGAGUCCGUGUGGCCCCGCAGCUCUUUCAGCCACCGCUCCACAUAAUGGACUGA